AAAAAUUCCGUAGUUGCCAUAUCAUCUUCCAAACAACAGCAAAAUAUUUGCAUCUGUUAAAGAUGAGGGGCGAAAAUUGGCUUGUUUUCGUGGUAUUGCUGUUCAUCUUCGAGAUAUGCUGCCUUCAUAUAAUGGGAAAUGAUAUAUAUUCCAUGUCCAGCAUUCCUCAACCAUCUGCAGAAUUCCCGAUUGUACUCUUUAAUAGACUGAAUUACCAAACAUCCUCUCAAAAUGACUACACUCGGCUUAAAGAAGAAGAAUACCAUGUAUGGAGUCAAACAGUUGGCGAUGAGAAAAGAGAAUUCCGCUAUCGAUCAAUAAUAGUGAUGCCAGGAAGGACACUCACAUUUAAAGCUGGUUUUCUGAGUGGAAAUAAAUUUACCUCCUCCGUCUAUAACAUCACAAACAUUUCUAAUAUCCACCUGUGGAUGUUUGAUAACCAAGAUGUUGGUGGCUCAUCAGGGAUCUGGUACACACAGUGGCCUCACUGGGAGAUGAAUUUUGCCCUUAAGUUGGAGCCAUGUCCUCACUGUGCACUUCCAGACUGCGGCAACAAAACUUGUUAUUUUGGAACAUGUGGUAUAAGUGGAGAAUGUCAGUGCAUAAGUGGCUAUUCAGGAGAGAACUGUACUAAAAGACCUACUGAUCUUGAGAAGUUUCCAUCAAUUCAAUACCCUCUUAUCUUGUUUCCUCAAACAUAUUUUCAAGGAACACCGAAAAAACUUGAACCUGAUACUUUUGAAGUUUUUGCCCAAAACAGCCAGAGUAAGUUGCUGUAUACUUAUCAGUCCAUGCGAAUUCUGUUCAGAAGGAAGGUUACGUUCUCUCGUGUGGACCACAAUGCUGAGGUGGAAGUUCCCAUUGGACGAGACAUAGAGGAUAUUCCAUUGUUCAUGAUUUUGAAUGAACACAUAGGAGAUGAACUGUGGAUCAACUAUUCACCAACAAUUGAACUGAGCUUUGCAGUAAAAAUUCAAGAUAAUCCUGCCUGCACCAAUUGCAGUAAUGUUGGUGGUAGUUGCUUUACAGGAAGCUGUGUCUGCCUCCCAGGAUAUAUAGGAGAGUACUGUGAUAGCUAGUGCAGUAUGAUAAUUGUGUUUGGAUGGGACCUUCACUUUUUAACCCACUAUGUAUUGUCCAAUUUGGAUGAGAGUAGUCCAUGAAUGGAAUGUUAUCAUCCAUUCUUUCAGCAACCUGAACCAGAUUACGACUGUAGUUGCAGUAGUCACUCUGUCGAGCUGCUUAUGACUCAAUUUGUGUCACUGUCACUGAUAACAGUUCUUUCCAAGAUGACCUUAGCCUAGGAUGAAACUUAAAGGCCCACUGUUACUCCUGGUUUCAAACCCUCAGCUAUAUUUGCAUUGUCAGUUUCACAUAACAAAUCAAUUUCUUAGGUGUAACAAAGAAAAAAAAUCAAACCAUUGCCUUUUUGUAGAAUAAUUUUUUUAUUUAUUCCUAUUUAUUUGAUAAUUAAUUUAUAUUUAAUAUUUUUUUCUCUUUUUUAUGCCCCCAAGGCAUGGAUUGCUUUUGUAGUUGUAUUUUCAUGGCUACUUCAGUUUUAUAUGUAAAUGUACUGAUCUUUUUUUAUUAUGAAGCCCUUUUUAAAGUUCUCUUUUUUUAAGAAGUCAUAUACUAAAAUAUAAAUUUUAACUUUACAUAAUUUUUGAUAUCACACUGCCACAAGUGCUCUGUUUUGAAACCUGGUUGCAAAUUUAAUUAGUUAACCUUGUUUGAAAUUUGUUUCUACUCUUUUGAAAGACAUUCAUGUUUACAAGUUUGGUAAAUAAAGUGUAUAUAUGCAUAUUGA